AGAAUAGUUUCGUCACAGAAUACUCCAUCGUUUCGUCCAUAAAAUAAAUACAGGGUUUAUUGCCAAUAUAUUAUUUAUUUAUAAAAAUGGUUAGGAAAGGAGGGAAAUGUACUAGAGUAACCAGUUCUACACCAAUUGAACAUAUUUACAAACAUGUCUUGUCUGGUCAAUUUGUAGAAUCUACAAACUCCAAUAUCCAAAAAGUAUCUGGAACAAGAUUAGGCAAAUUCUUUGCAAUCACAAAAGAAGAAGAAUAUAAACAAGUAAUAUACCAAAGUAUAACUGUGAUGGAGAUAUAUAGGAAUAAAUCUUUUGAAGAAUUAAGAUAUGAAGAUUAUAAGAUGAACAAAAAGCGAUUUAAUUACAAUACAGCAACAUUUGGACAAAGUAGUGGAUUUGGUUGGCCAAUUCAACAAAGUAAAUUCACAAAUAUUGGUCACAAUAUAGUAACAUUUAGAGGAAGUAAUGGAUUUGAAUGGCCCAAUCAGCGACACAUAUUUACAGGUUUUGGUCAGAGUACAUCAAUAUUUGGGCAACAUAAUGGGUUUGAGUGGCCAAAUCAGCAACAAAUAUUUACAAAUAUUGGUCAUAAUAGACUACCAUUUACCAACCAAAAUACAGUAACAGGAUUCAAUGAUAGUAAAUUUGUUAGCAGUAACCAAUUUGAUGCACAAAAGUUUAGUUUUGACACUAGAAAAAAAAAUAAUCAGCUACCUUUUGGACAAACAUCGUCUACAUCUACUUUUGGUGGACGUACUACCAGUUUUAGGAUAAAUCCAAUCAAUUCUAGCCGUAUUAAACCAAAUACAUCCGAUUGUACUACCGACAAACCUAUAAAGCUUUGUACUGAUGAGGAAUCUGUAAGUUUAAUGUCUGAAUCCAGUCAUGGGAAGUUUCAAGAUUUGUUUAAUAAUACUAGUAUACAUCCAAUAGAAGCUUUUGGAAGUAAUAACGACACAGUAAAUGAAUCCAUUGUUAAACCUCAACUUCCCGAAUGGUUAUCCUAUACCGAUGUCUUAGUCACUUCCAUUGAUUUACCAACAGAGAGCUUAUCCCGAUUUUUAUGUAUUCAAUGCCACAAAGUCCUUUCCAGAUUUCCAGUUUUUUGUUCCGCAGGAGGAUUUAUUUGCGGUCGGUGUCCAUAUCCAAAAAAUUGUGUAAGAAAUGACAUUUAUGAAUUACUGGCCCAAAAAUUAAAAUUUCCUUGCUGUUACAAAGAACAUGGAUGUUCAGAGAAUUUGUUUCCGAAACAGGUGGAACAGCACGAAAGUACAUGUAAAUUUAAAAAAUAUCUCUGUCCCAUGAACUUAACCCCAGCUUGUGAAUGGAAAGGCUUUUCUACCGAACUAUUAGACCACUAUUCUCAGUGUCACCAAAUGUUUAUUAUGCAGAAUACAGAACUAUUUGGGGUGACUUUUUUUUCUACCAAGGACGAAAAUUUUCUUUUAUCACAUAAGGACAACUUAUAUUUAAUUAAUCGUCUAACAGAGAAGAAAACAUUUUCUUGUACAGUUUCUUACAUAUGUCAUGAUUCAAAUAAAGGAGACAGUUAUUAUUACAAACUAAUCUUUGAAAAUAAAAAUAAGCCUUGUUAUGAAAUUCAGAAUCCAAUAAAUGUAACCACACGAGUUAAACUUGAAGAUUUAGUUCAAUCCAAUUCAAUAAACAAUUUUAAUAUGGGCUUUGGUAAAAUUGAAAUUUUCAAAGGUGAAAAAAUGUCUAAGAAGCAUAAGAAAGGAGAAGAAUCGAACACUAAUGUAGAUUAUGAUAUAUUGGAAGAAUUGGAAUGCAUGAUUUGCUGUGAAUAUAUGUUACCUCCAAUUUACCAAUGUUUAACCGGUCACAGUAUAUGUGAGGAAUGCAAAGAAUCAAUUAAAGAGUGUCCCAUUUGUAGAAAAGAAUUCCAGAACACCAAAAACUUUGCACUUGCUCAUAUCAUUGAGCAUCUCAAUUAUCCUUGCAAAUAUAAUGGAUGCAAGUUUGUAACCAAAUCAAAAGACAUUAGGAAACAUCAAACUACUUGCAUUUAUUCACCUACAAAUUGUCAAUUAAAAGAACACUUUGAUUAUUAUGAAGAGACUUAUUUUGACGAAGUUUAUGGUCACAUUGUUAAAAACCACGAUGAAAUAUUGCAGAUAAAUUGUAGUGAAAAAAAUAGUACUCCUAAAAGUAUUGUUAGAAGUUGUUUUCUUGUCAUAUAUGAGUCUAAAAUAUUUAAGUUACUUUCGCUAUAUACGAAUAGUAAACUUUGUUUCACAGCUCAGUUUAUGGAGCCUUUGUAUGAAAGUUCCAGUUACCGGUUUGAUAUAGAUAUUUUAGACAAAAACAAAAAAUCUGGGUUACGUAGGACAAGUUGUUGUGGUCUAAUGACAGAUUUAAAAACUGCUUUUGAUGAUGAUAUGGCAGUAAUAAUGUUCACACAUAAUGAGAUUCAAAAUUUGAUUGAAGAUCAGAUAUUUUUCAAAAUUAAAAUAUUUAAAACUUGAAAGUGCUCUUAGCUAUUUUUUUUGUAUAUUUUAGUAAUACUUUUGUAUAUUUUUACUAGAUUUGUAAUAAAUGUUUUG